AUGAGCAGCAGCUCUAUGGACACAGAGAACAUGGAGAACAUGCAGACAUAUUUGUUCAAAAUCACCAUAACUAGCCAAUGGAAAGAAGUUGUUGCAAUCUAUAGGUUAGACCCUCGGGCUCGCAAGGCAAAGAUCACAGAGUCAGGUGACACAGCACUACACGUAGCGGUGUCCGAUAACCAAGAAGAGCAUGUUGAGGAGCUAGUAAAACUCGUCUCCACAGACGAGCUGCAAAUUCGAAACGAGCAGGGAAACACCCCUCUCCACAUCGCUGCAACGAUGGGGAAUGUGAGAAUGUGUGAGUGCAUUGCCAAGCAUCAUCCCUUGUUGGUUUAUGCUUUCAACAAAGAAAACGAGACCCCUCUCUUCUUGGCUGCUCUGCAUGGUAAAAAAGCUGUCUUCUUGUGCCUGCACUACAUUUGUAGCCUUCAUGAUGAUCAGCAGCGCUACAAAUAUUGUAGGAGGAAGGACGGCAAUACAAUCUUGCAUUGCGCAAUUGCUCGGGACUACUUUGAUUUGGCAUUUCAGAUAAUUGACCUGUAUGAAGAACUAAGUUUUUAUGUAAAUGAGGAAGGAUACUCCCCUCUCCAUCUUCUUGCAAGUAAACCUUAUGCCUUCGCAAGUGGGAGCCAGCUUGGGCCGUGGGACCAAAUCAUUUACUACUAUACAAAUGUUGAUCAGCUCAAAAGGGCAGAACGACCGGGUCACUGGGAUGACGAUCAGAGAACGAUCAAGACAUUCAAAGAUGAAAAGUAUCCCAAAUAUCUAGGGAACUAUCAAACGUGCAUAAACUUUUUUCGGUUGUUGUGGCAUAUGGCUCAAGUUCUUGUUACCAAACACGAUAAGGGCAAAAGCCGGAAAAAUUCAGCAGAUGCAGAGAACCCUGCAGGUGCAGUACCUAAUGCUCUGAACAGAGGAAAUCCAGGAUCCCAAUCAAAUGAUGGAACACGACGACAUCGAUCGUUGCCCGGACAUUAUAUCACCUGCUUUGAGUUUGUCAAGCUUUUCUUAAAGGCAAUAUUGCUGAUUCUUUUCGGAUGGGGGCCCAAGGAGAUACAAAAGAUAAGGGCAAUGAAGGAAAGGCACAAAUGGUCAAUUCAGAUAAUGAAUGAGCUAUUAAAACGUGGUUUGAUGUAUGCGUACGAAAACAAUGGUAUGCAUCCCCAGACAGCGCCAUCCCACAAAAAUGACAAUGAUGAUCAAGAAACAUGGCCUUAUGAAAUUGUUGAUCAAUAUGGUGACCAAGUUGUCACCCUCGGAAGCAUUAACGUUUACAAUCAGCCCAUUAUGAAUCCUCCCCCACAACUACAAGAUGAUAAUAAGCCAAAGAAUGAAGUGGGAGAGAAGAAGAAAACCCUUGCACUGGCAAAGAGGGAAACACCCUUCUUGAUUGCUGCAAAACAUGGUGUGACUGAGAUGGUGGAGAAGAUCCUCGAGCUUUUUCCGGUGGCCAUCCGUGACAUCAACGCAGAGAGAAAGAAUGUAGUGCUGGUGGCUGUGGAGAACAGGCAGCUCCAUGUGUACCGGCUCUUGCUAAGUAAGAAUAUCCCCAACAAAGACCACAUGUUCAGCAAAGUGGAUAAUAAAGGGAAUAGUGUGCUACAUCUAGCAGCAAGGUUGGGAGACCAUCAGCCUUGGCUAAUUCAUGGGCCUGCCUUCCAAAUGCAAUGGGAAAUCAAAUGGUAUCGGAUUGUAAAAACCUCCAUGCCACCACGCUUCUUUCCCCGCUUCAAUAAGGAAAACAAGACUGCAAAGGACAUCUUCAAAGAAACCCACAAAGAGCUUGUGAAAGCCGGAGCGGCAUGGCUCACCAAGGCCUCUGAGUCCUGCACCGUCAUGGGCGCGCUUAUUGCCACGGUCGCCUUUGCAACUGCUACCACUGUUCCUGGUGGCAUCAAAGAGAUCACUGGCAGACCAACCCUCGAAAACUUGCCAGCUUUCGACAUCUUCGCCAUUGCUUCGCUCAUUGCACUAUGCUCCUCGGUCACAUCCAUGGUCAUUUUCCUCUCCAUCCUUAUGUCCCGGUACAAGGAAAAGGAGUUUGGAAAAGAGCUGCCAAGCAAGCUCUUGCUGGGAUUGACAUUGCUCUGCGUGUCCAUGGUUUCCAUGUUGAUUUCAUUUUGUGCAGGACAUUUCUUCAUGCUUAAAGAUAAGCUCAAACAUGCUGCGUUUCCGGUUUAUGCAAUAACGUGCAUGCCUCUGGCUAUUUUUGCUGUAGGCCACUUUCCUCUGUAUUUUAAUAUGAUAUGUGCUAACUUCAACCAGGUUCCAUUCGAAAGGGGAGUCACAAGGGUAGCUCCUCUUUGA